AUGGCGGACCCACAGGAGAAAGUAUACAUAGAAUUCGACAAUUACAAUUGGGAUUCCUUUAAAGAAUUCCAAGAGGGUCUUUCAGAGAUCCUAGAGAGCCAUUUAGAGCAACUAAAGGAGUCUGAUCCUUCUGUGGACAGAAUCCCAGCACCUCAGAAACAGCAGCUCAUUGACCAAGCCAAGUCAUUUUUCUUUUGCUCCCACACUGGUAACAUUCUAAAUCUUGAUGAUUUUUAUGCAUGGAAAAGAAACAAUGGGGGUAAGAUUACGUAUGUCGACGAAACUGAAGCCGAAGCUACACCACGCGACGUCCCAGACCAGGUCCCCUACUCCAAUAACUACCAACAUGUAGUUGACCUUAUCGUUUCAGGGAAGCCCGUGCCUGGAAUAAAGCACAUUCCUGAUACUGUUCUCACCGAGCAGAGUUCCAAGUCUGAAGCCCCGAUCAGACGUAAACCUUGGGAAACAGAUAAAGAAGCACUGGAUGCUACGGAAUUGCUGGAGAACAUUGAAAAAUAA